AUGCCGGCUCUCGCAAGCGUUACAAUACCGCUAUUCAGCUCUUUGCCUUCACAGAGCACUUCUAAGCAUCACUCCAGGCGUCGCCUGGCAUUGGAUCCUGAGAGAAGGCUAUAUGGCAAGGGUCCCCUUCUGGUCAAGCUGUCUGAUGAAUCGCCAACGGAUGCCACAAUAGUCAGUAGAGUGCUCGGCGACAAUGGCGCCUACUACGAUGUCAAAAUCGGCGAUGUGACGUUGAAUGAUAUCGGCGUCUCAGAGAUUCUGGACUACGUCUCUGCUCAGCAUUUGGAGGACUAUGAGAACAAUCAGUUCGUGGAGGAGGCUGAAUUGCUUCGCAUUGCUGAGGCUGAGGAGGAGCGCCGAGAGUAUGAGGAGCGGCAACGAAGGAAGCAACGCGCGAAGCUGAAGGGUGUCGCAGGCUAUGCUGUCCCUAGUCAAGAAUAUGCCGAGCAAGAAGAGGCCGAGGAGGCUGUAGUGGCAACUGGCAAGCACGGCAGAGCACGACCUACUUACUCGCAUCUCUUCAAGAUCCCACUGGAACGGCGACGCAGAAAGCGCGAUCCUCUGACGGGUGAGCUCAUACCAUUAAGCGACGUCGAGAUGGUGCAGGGCGAUGUGAUGAUUGAAUCGUCACAGGAUGAUGAGCAGGCGCCAGACAUGCCUGGCCACCCAUCACACUCUGCGUCUGAGCCUUCAAAACGCCGACGGCGAAAGCGAGACCCCAUCACUAGGGAGCUACUGCCACUCGGACAGGUCACUGGGCGCGGCAUGGCCUUAGGCGGUUCGUUCGCAGGGCCUACUGAGGAUGUCAGCAAGAAGCGUCGGCGCAGGCGCCGGCAUCCUAUCACGAAUGAACUCAUGCCGUUUGGAUGGCGCUACGAUCCAGACGGGGAGAAAAUAUCUGGGACUUCAGGCGCUCGCGGAACUGAUGUUGGUGCAAUGUCGCCUGCGAUGCACAGGUUGAGCAUCGCACAGGAUCAUCAAGCAAAACGAGUCAAGCUUGACAGUCAAUCAUCCUCCGGUAGAUCCACUUCUGGUCACGUCGUGCUGCCUAGUCCUGCCAAACAUGCCGAAGACGAGUCUUCCGAGGAUGAUGAAGACGAGGUCAAUGUCGUACCGACCACACAACGUGUCCCUGGAUAUGGUAUGCUGGCUUCCUCGGCCACGCGAUCCGUGCACAAUACACCUCGAAAAUCAUUACCUGGUGCCUCUCACGGCAUGCUUGCAAGCGCGGCGAUGGUUCAGUCAGCUGGUGUGACAUCGGAAAGCGAAGGAUCGCCAGCGCCAAUAACUGUCGAACGAACGUCGAUCUCACGUCCUACACUGGAUACGGAUAUUGCUGGUGUCAGUCAGAUCGAGGAAGAUGAGGAACUUGAAGACGGCGAAUGGAUGAUCGAGAGCAUCUUAGCUCAUCACAUGUCCGAUCCACGAACACACGCCACGGAGCUAGGUAGGGAACCCGUGAUGCUUUACAAGGUCAAAUGGGAAGGGUACGACGAUCCAACAUGGGAGCCAAUUGAGAGUUUUCCGGAUGUCGGAAUCGUCGAAGACUACCAUAUAUAUGUUGCGCAGCAGGACAGUAUCAGAGCAGCGACCUUGUUACAAUACAGUGGUGCUGCUGUUCAAAGAACAAGACACACUGCUAUAGUAACUUCUGGCAUUGCAAAGAUGAAGACCAAUCUGGAGGACAGUUCGAAUUUAUUGAGCGUGGCUACAGCCCCAGUGAUACAGGGUACUGAUCAUGAUGAGGACGAUCAAUCCGAGGACAGCGAGGACGACGAAGAAAAUGACUCCUAUGAGGUUGAGUCUGUCCUAGCCCACCGUAUGUCUGAUCCAAAGAGCCACGGACCUGAAUAUGGUCGUCAGCCAGUCCUGUUGUACCAGGUCAAGUGGAGGGGCUAUGACAACACCACCUGGGAGCCGAUCUCGAGCUUCGUGGACAGAAGUGUGGUGAAAGGGUACCGAAUUAAGGUUGGCCUAGAUCCCACCAGUAGUGAGAGUAAAGUCGUGCGUAAGACGUAG